ACACACACACACACACACACACACACACACACACACAGCCGCAGUCAGACAGACUGUCUCUGCCUGCACAGAAACGGCAGCAGGGAAAACAAACUACUCUCACGCCGCUUACAAACCAACAACUGUCGUGGAAGUGGAGUCGACGCGAUGGUACACACCAAAGGCUACCGUUUAGUCUAAGACAGCUCACGGUAAGGAAGAGGCUGCUGAAAAGUGCCUGAACUGUGACAACAGCUGGACAAAUUAACCGAAGGAUUUGAGGACCGCACGUGGAAAUCACAGCUGAAACACAUCGGAGGAGUGGCUCUCGUCCUCUCCACUUAAACUGUUCGUCAGCGGUUCACUCCUGCCAACUUCAGUGAUGAGUGCCAAGUCAGCCAUCAACAAGGAGGUCUUCAUACCCCAUGAUGAGAAGAUGCUUGCUGCAGUGCAGGUGAAGCGGAGGACCAAGAAGAAGAUCCCCUUCCUGGCCACUGGUGGUCAAGGAGACUACAUGACUUUCAUCUGUGUCUCAGUGACAAAUAAGAAACCCUCCCAUGUAUCAAUCACCAAGGUGAAGCAGUUCCAAGGAUCUUCUGCCUUCAUGAAAAGGUCACAGUGGACACUCGACCAGCUACGGCAGGUCAACGGCAUUGACCUGAACAAAGACUGUCCAGAGUUUGAUCUGAUGUUCGAAAACGCUUUUGACCAGUGGGUUGCUAGUUCAGCAGGGGAGAAGUGCACCUUCAUCCAGAUUCUUCACCACACCUGCCAGCGCUACAGCUCUGCACGGAAACCAGAUUUCGUGAACUGUCAGUCCAAACUGCUGGGAGAAGACCAAGCUGUAGAUUCAGUCAUUUUCCGUUGCAAGGUCUAUUUGAACAGAAAGAGGAAAGAAUUUGUUGCACACCACGGUCAUCUACUGAGACAAGGUAACAGUAUACUGCACUCGGCUGCAGACAGUGUGACGAGUGCUGUACAGAAGGCCAGCCAGGCUCUGAAUGAGCGCGGCGAGCGAUUAGGUCGGGCUGAGGAGAGGACCGCGGACAUGAUGAACAGUGCUGAACAGUUCUCUGUUACAGCACAGAAGCUUGCCAUGAAGCACAAGUGUUAGACCACUGCCAAAACCAACUGGGAUCAGUG